AUGAACUCGAUGCGCAUUGCCCGUGCUGCGCUGCGCGCGCGCCCGACAAUGGUCCCGCGGAUCAAGCUGAGCUUGUCUCUGCCUCACCAGACCAUCUACAAGUCGCAGGACGUCGUGCAGGUCAACAUCCCCGCCGAGUCCGGUGAGAUGGGUGUCCUGGCCAACCACGUUCCGUCGAUUGAGCAGCUGAAGCCUGGCCUGAUCGAGGUCGUUGAGGAGAGCGGUGGCAACAAGCAGUUCUUCCUGUCCGGCGGCUUCGCCAUCGUCCAGCCCAACUCCGUCCUGAGCAUCAACGCCGUCGAGGGCUACCCCAUUGAGGACUUCAGCGCGGAGGCUGUCAAGUCGCAGCUGGCCGAGGCGCAGAAGAUUGCCAACGGCUCCGGUAGCGAGCAGGACAUUGCCGAGGCCAAGAUCGAGGUUGAGGUCCUCGAGUCGAUCCAGGCGGCCCUGAAAUAG